GGUAAGAUUCGGUUCAUGUUUUACUGCAGAUAGCUAGUUUUGGAAGACAGCUGUAAUAAUAGCGGCAAAGAAAGACAUACCGGUAUUUGCAAGGAGGUUUGAACAACCAUGAGGGCAAUUUUAGGUGUCUUGGUGUUUUCCUGGGCUGUGUUGUCGGCCCAUGGCAUGUACUCCCCCAGCGACGAUGUGGUGGAGCUCACUCCCUCCAACUUCAACCGGGAAGUGAUCCAGAGUGACAGCUUGUGGCUGGUGGAGUUCUAUGCCCCCUGGUGUGGCCACUGCCGAAACCUGGUACCAGACUGGAAGAAGGCUGCCACUGCACUGAAGGGCAUCGUGAAGGUGGGCGCUGUGGACGCAGACCAGCACAAGUCUCUGGGGGGUCAGUACGGGGUGCGCGGCUUCCCCACCAUCAAGAUAUUCGGAGCCAACAAGAACAAUCCGUCCGAAUACCAAGGUGGCAGGAGUAGCCAGGCCAUAGUGGACGAGGCCAUGAACACCCUGCGCUCUCUGGUCAAGGAGCGGCUCGCGGGCCGCGCUGGAGGCUCCGACUACAGCAGACAGAGUGGUGGUGGUGGCGGCGGUGGUGGCAGUGGGGGCAGCAAAGAAGAUGUGGUGGAGCUGACCGAUGACAACUUUGACCGCACUGUGCUGCAGGGCGAGGAGGUGUGGAUGGUGGAGUUCUUUGCCCCCUGGUGUGGCCACUGCAAAAACCUGGAGCCAGAGUGGGCUGCCGCAGCCACGGAGGUCAAGGAUCAGACCAAGGGCAAAGUUCGCCUGGGGGCAGUAGAUGCCACCGUGCACCAGAUGCUGACCAGCCGCUAUGGGAUCCGAGGCUUCCCCACCAUUAAGAUCUUCAAGAAAGGAGAGGAGCCAGAGGACUACCAGGGAGGCCGCACCCGCGCGGACCUGGUGGCACACGGCCUGGAACUCUUCUCUGACAACAUGCCCGCGCCAGAGAUUCUGGAGAUGGUCAAUGGAGACGUCUUGAAGAAGUCCUGUGAGGACAGCCAGCUGUGUGUCAUCGCCGUGCUACCUCACAUCCUGGACACAGGAGCUGCUGGGCGUAACGGCUACCUGGAGGUGAUGCUGAAGAUGGCGGACAAGUACAAGAAGAAGAUGUGGGGUUGGCUGUGGGCAGAGGCGGGCGCUCAGAUGGAUCUGGAGUCGGCGCUGGGCAUCGGGGGGUUCGGCUACCCCGCCAUGGCGGCCAUCAAUUCCCGCAAGAUGAAGUUCGCUCUCCUCAGAGGCUCCUUCAGCGAGACGGGGAUCCACGAGUUCCUCAGGGACCUGUCCAUGGGCCGCGGCUCCACAUCCACCGUGGGAGGCGGGGCAUUGCCAAAGGUCCACAGUGUGGAACCCUGGGACGGCAAAGAUGGAGAGCUUCCUGUGGAGGAGGAUUAUGACCUGAGUGACUUUGACAUGGACGAUUUGGACAAGGACGAGUUAUGAGUUGUGACACGUGGGGGCCUGAUUAAAAGGGAAGAAGGGCCCACUGUCCAGGCCUCUUGGCAUGUGUGAGAAACCGUGUAUGUGACCUUGUGUGCGCGAGAGCGAGAGAGAGAGCGAGAGAGAGUAAUGCCCGUCAUAUGGUCUGGUGCAGAUGGAAAGAGCCAGAACCACAAAACUUCUGAUUUGGUGUGUGUGUGUGUGUGUGUGUGUGUGUGUGUGUGUGUGUGUG